AGCCAAUAGAAUUGGCCGGGUCAUCGCUUUGACGUCACGUCCUGUGCCCUCCAUUUCUUCAUUGUGCUUAAACCCGGGGCUGCUGUGUGUUGCCUGUGUUCUUAGAGGAGAAGGGCAGAACAAUUCACACCCUCACAGGAUCUCAAAUUGCCUUCGGUGCAGUACAAUCAAGUCAUGGAUCGAGAAUACGGAUCAUAUAACCAAAGAAGCGUCAACUCUUAUGGAAACCAGUCUUUUUCCAUGGAUGAAAUGGGUGACAGCAAUUUUUCCAGGUUUGGACCUUAUGAGUCUUAUGACUCCAGGUCUUCUGUGGGUGGGCGAGAUCUUUACAGAUCUGGCUAUGGUUAUAAUGACCACGAACAAGGCCACUUCGGAGAUAGUUAUGAUGGUCGAUAUGAAAACCCCUACCGGAAUAGCGUUGACUCUUUUGAAGGUAGAAGCCAGGGCGGGUCUAGCUGGGAUCCAUCUUUCACACGUUCAAAAGUGAGGACUGGGUUUAUGGAGGACCGAGGAAGAGACAGUUACUCUUCCUACGGCAGUUUUUCUUCACCCUAUAUGAAGCCUGCAGCAGUAGGCUCUCGGGGGAGAGGAAUGCCUGCUUAUCCCGAAAAUGCGUUUGGCGGCAGAAGCAAUGAUGCUUUUGGAGGACCAUCAAAAGGCAGAGGUCGUGGCAGAGGACAAAUGCCUGAAUAUGGUGUAAUGCGGAGACACAGGGUUGUUGUUGAAUAUAAACAUCUUGGUGUAGCUGCACGAGGAGCUGCAAGAGGUGUUAAAAGGAAGAUGGCACCACCUUUUAAACCUGUGGGGUUCUUUGGCAAGAAACAGAAGUUGUCUAAACCUGGAGCAAAUCAAAACAAAAGUGUCCCACCACCAGCUGAAAAAUUAAGUGAGGAAGAAGAGGAGAAGCGUCGCACAGAAGCAAGAAGGGAGAAGCAAAGACGCAGACGAGAGAAGAACAGUGAAAAAUACGGAGAUGGGUACAGGACUGCAUUCACAUGCUCUUUCUGCAAGUUUCGAUCCUUUGACGAAAAAGGUAUUGAAGAACAUUUGACAAGUGCAACACAUCAAGAGAUGUUGGAUCACAUUCAGAAGCAAACCAAGUUUGACAAGCCUGUCAUGGAGUUUUUGCAUGAAUGCAUUGUAAAUAAGUUUAAAAAAACUGUGGCACGUAGAGUCCAAUCUGUAGCAAAUGAGGCCGCAAAGACUUUGGAGAAAGAUGUAAUGGAAGGUGUUAAUCCAGAUGAUCACAUGAUGAAAGUUGAAACUGUGCACUGUAGUGCUUGCAGUGUGUAUGUCCCAGCAUUGCACAGCUCUGUGCAGUUGCAUCUCAAAUCUGCAGACCACUCGAAGAGCAAACUGACUUAUAAAGAACAAAUAAAAAGGGAAAGUAUUUUGACUGCGACAAGCAUCUUAAAUAACCCACUGGUAAAAGCAAGAUAUGAGCUUUAUUUGAAGGGUGAAAAUCCAUUUGAGACUCAGCCAGACGAGCAGCAGCAGGAGCAGGAAGAGGAAGAGGAGGAGGAAGAGCAACAAGAGCAAGUGGCAGUCUCAGAACAAGAACCAUCAGAACAAGAAACAUCCGAUGAACAAGCAGCUGCUAUUGCAGCAGAACCUGAAGGGGAAGACUUUACCUGUGAUCCACUGACCACGACAGAUGAAGUUUGAUUUUGUGGCACUAAUCAUUCUGAUGGCAAAUCCUUGUAAAUUAAUGUUGUGCCAUUCUAUUUUUAAACCUGCUGUCAUGGGCAUCUUUAUUUUGCAGUUUUGUAUUUGAUACAAAAAAAUAUGCUUAUACUUUUGUGUUUAUAAAUUUACAUAAUACAGAAGUUCCUGGUGCAAUUUUAAGAUGUUAAUAAGUUUAUUGGUCAGGCUUAAUAUCUAUUUUGCAAUGUCCGUUUUAUUUUACUUUGUGGUUUGUUUUUUUUUUUUCCAUGCAAGGUUCUAGUAAUUUUAACAGUACUGUGAAGUCUUGGAAUGUAUUAGUACAGUGUAAAACUGGUUGCUCUUGGAUAAUCUGUGUAAUGUGGCAGUAUACUUUUUUUUUUUUUUACUUUUGCAUUGUUUGCUACUUCAUAAUGUCUCAGAACUAACAAUAAAUCUUAAACUUUAA